UCCACGUUUGCAAAGCUGCCUCGUGGCCGGCCGCGACCACUCCACGAGCUCUGCGCCGCGUCUGCCGCUUCUCCCCGUCGCCCAGAUGGUGUCUUGGGCCCGGGGCUGGCGACCCCCGCCGCCGCCGCUGCUGCUGCUGCUGCUCUGGGUGACCGGGCAGGCGGCGCCCGUGGCGGGUCUGGGCCUGGGCCCUGACGCCGAGCUGCAGGUCGAGCGGCGCUUCGUGCCCCACGAGUGCCCGCGCACGGUGCGCAGCGGGGACUUCGUGCGCUACCACUACGUGGGGACGUUCCCCGACGGCCACAAGUUCGAUUCCAGCUAUGACAGAGACUCCACUUUCAAUGUGUUUGUGGGAAAAGGACAGCUGAUUACAGGGAUGGACCAAGCUCUGGUUGGAAUGUGUGUAAAUGAGAGGCGUUUUGUGAAGAUACCCCCAAAGCUUGCCUAUGGAAAUGAAGGAGUUUCUGGUGUGAUUCCCCCAAAUUCAGUACUUCAUUUUGAUGUACUUCUGGUAGAUAUUUGGAAUUCUGAAGAUCAGGUUCAGAUUCAUACUUAUUUCAAGCCUUCCAAGUGCCUUCGAACUAUCCAGGUGUCUGAUUUUGUAAGGUACCACUAUAAUGGAACAUUCUUGGAUGGGACACUGUUUGACUCCAGCCACAAUCGUAUGAAGACCUAUGACACAUAUGUGGGAAUUGGCUGGCUAAUUCCUGGAAUGGAUAAAGGGCUGCUGGGGAUGUGUGUGGGGGAAAAGCGCAUCAUCACCAUACCCCCCUUUCUGGCCUAUGGAGAAGAUGGGGAUGGGAAGGACAUUCCUGGACAGGCAUCCUUGGUGUUUGAUGUUGCAUUGUUGGAUCUUCAUAACCCUAAGGACAGCAUUUCCAUUGAGAACAAGGUAGUCCCUGGGAACUGUGAGCGAAAAAGUCAGAGUGGGGACUUCCUCAGGUAUCAUUACAAUGGCACACUUCUGGAUGGUACCUUCUUUGAUUCCAGCUACUCACGGAACCACACCUUUGACACAUACAUUGGGCAAGGCUAUGUGAUUCCUGGGAUGGAUGAAGGCUUACUUGGUGUUUGCAUCGGUGAGAAGCGACGGAUUGUGGUUCCCCCUCACUUGGGGUAUGGAGAGGAAGGAAGAGGGAAUAUCCCUGGCUCGGCUGUGCUGGUAUUUGACAUCCAUGUGAUUGACUUCCAUAACCCUUCGGACUCCAUCAGCAUCACUUCCCACUAUAAGCCCCCUGACUGCUCGGUGCUGAGUAAGAAGGGAGAUUACCUCAAGUACCAUUAUAAUGCCUCACUUCUGGAUGGGACCCUGCUGGACUCCACGUGGAGUUUAGGCAAAACUUAUAACAUUGUGUUGGGAUCUGGACAAGUGGUGCUGGGAAUGGACAUGGGUCUCAGAGAGAUGUGUGUGGGAGAGAAACGGACAGUGAUCAUUCCACCCCACCUAGGCUAUGGAGAGGCUGGCGUGGAUGGAGAAGUGCCUGGCAGUGCCGUCUUAGUGUUUGACAUUGAACUGCUGGAGCUUGUGACCGGCUUGCCAGAGGGGUACAUGUUCAUAUGGAAUGACGAGGUAUCUCCCAACCUAUUUGAAGAAAUUGACAAGGAUGGCAAUGGAAAAGUCCUCCUGGAGGAGUUCUCAGAGUACAUUAAUGCCCAGGUAGCAACAGGCAAAGGGAAACUUGCUCCUGGUUUUGAUGCUGAAAUGAUUGUGAAGAAUAUGUUCACCAACCAGGACCGGAAUGGAGAUGGGAAGGUCACGGCUGAGGAAUUUAAACUCAAAGACCAGGAGACCAAACAUGAUGAACUGUAAACCUGACACGAGCCAGCUGGUACCAGGGAGUGCAUGACACCAAGCCACCUGUCAUAACAGAGUAUACAGUGAAGGUUUCUAGGAAGGUGGUCUAAUGACAAGUAGUAGGGCAGGUUACAUAGUUCCUGGUGUUUACAUCAGGUAGAUCAGUAUCCAUGCUGAAAACUUAGGCAGAUUGCCAGUAAUAAUAAACAGAAUCAGGACAGAGGGCCUCGGCAUGGAAUGUGUAAAGUGUUGGGAAGGCCGCACUGCCAAUCAUUAUUUGUAAAUCUUCUGGGAAAGUUUGUUAUUAGAGGAAAAUAAUACCAUGUUGGAGAAGAAAAGAGGCCAGAUGUCUACCAAAAGACAUUAAAUUUUUUUUUUAAACUUUAUCUUAAAAAUGUUCUCUCCAUGAGGGGAGACAAAGGGCAUGCAUGCCCCAACAAGACUCCUAGACAGCAAUCAGUAAGCUCUCGUGAUGCCAGGCCCUGCCGUCCUCUACCCAAGUUCCACCUGGUACCUCUCCAGGUCACCACACCCACACUGCAUUGGUUCCCCCAACUGAAGUGUAACUUGAAAGCUAAUAGGAACCUCCUAGACAGAAACAAAAACAGACCAUGGACCAAAUGAAAAGUUGUGCUAGAAACACCAUCGAUAGAGGACUUGAUCUGCAUUUGCUAUAUAGUAUUAGUUCUUUCUAAUCUCCCAUACAUGGAGGGCUGGUGGGUGGUGGUUGGGCCUCGCUGAUCAGUCAGCAGUCUUUCUGAGAUCGAGAUGGAAACAUCACCUCAGCAGAUGAUGACUCUUUCUGCUACUCAUUUGCAGUUUGGAGGGACAGUUUAGUUGUUAGGGAUCUCUCUCUGCUGUAGGAAAGCAAUGACAAUAUAUUGUUUGGCCUGUUCCCCAUCAUUCAGGAACCACACUGCUUGCUGCCUUAUGUCCUGUUCCCAAGUAAUAAUAGUUCUUUUGAAAUGCCUUAAAAAAAUAACUGUUUUGUAGUGAUGCUGCCCUGAGAUAGUUCAUGAAAAUGCUCUGCACUCAUUCAAUGGAAUUUUCUGAUAUAAAAUAUUGAAUUGUA